AAAACCCCUAUAAAACAUAAACCACAAAACGCAAGCAACUUUUGCUUUCUGAGCCACUGUUUGACGAGUGAGUGGUGACCAAGAACAGGAAAAACAAGGACAUCUUUCUAUACACAAUCUACGGGGAUUCUUAAUGUUUCAAGAUUUGGUAUGUUUUACAAUUCUCCGAUGAACACGGCUACCGAUUUCUUGUUAAAUCCAGUUUUCUUACAUGGAUGUGUUGCCUCCAUACAAUUUCUGUUCAUGCUUUUCAUAUUAAUCUCUUGGGAUUGGAAACGAUUCAGGAUUGAUAGAAGUCAAACUGUGGUUGCAAAACGGAGUUUUGGGUAUUUGUGUUUCAAACAAACUCUGUUUUGUUCUCUUGUUCUAUCACUCUUCAACCUAGUUUUGUGUUUCUUGAACAAUUUUUAUUGGUAUAGAAAUGGAUGGACUUAUGAAAAGAUUGUCACCCUUUUGCAUGCUGCUCUUGGAGCACUUAUCUGGUUAUUCGUUUCUGUGUAUUUGCACACACUCGUCUCGAAUUCGUCGACACAAUCUUCAAAGUACCCAUUUGUCUUACGGAUUUGGUGGGUGUUUUUCUUUACUGUUUCUUGUUAUUCCCUUGUGGUAGAUUAUGUUCACUACAAAAGAACCCAGAAUUUACCUUCCAUGUUCUUUGUGUCCGAUUCCGUGUCCAGUCUCCUGGGUUUGUUUCUCUGUUUUAUGGGGUUGUCCCACAAGAGCCAAGAAGAAGAUCAAAAUCACAAUCUUGAAGAACCCCUUUUGAAUUCUAGUAGCGAUAGAGUUAGGGGUGAGAUUCCAUCAACUUACCAAAACGCAAGCUUCUUUAGCCUGCUGACAUUUUCUUGGAUGAGUUCCAUAAUCUCAAAAGGGAAUAAAAAACCAUUAGACCUUGAAGAUGUUCCACAGCUAGCAGAUAUGGAUAGUGUGAAACAAGUCUUUCCUAUUUUGUUAGAAAAAGUACGGUUGUUAAGCAAUGGGAAUAACCAAAUCACUACAUUCGGUCUCACAAAAGCUUUAUUUUACAUCGUAUGGAAAGAAGUUGUUAUCACUGGAUUCCUUGCUUUAGCAUCUUCUUUGUUGAGUUUUGUGGGUCCUUACCUCAUAGACACAUUCGUUCGAUACCUUAACGGACAAAAAGAUUACAAAUACCAAGGUUUUAUUUUGGUGGCUACAUUUUUCGUUUCAAAAGUGGUGGGGUGUUUCACACAAAGACACUGGUGGUUCAAGCUCCAACAAGCAGGGAUUCGCGCCAGGUCAGCCCUAGUUGCCAUGAUAUACCAAAAGGGUUUGACCAUUUCCGGUCAGUCAAAGCAGGGGAACUCGAGUGGUGAAAUGAUCAACUUGAUGGCGGUUGAUGCCGAAAGAGUAGCUUUUUACGCUUGGCAUAUGCAUGAUUUUUGGUUACUUCUCGUGCAAGUUGGUGUUGCCUUAGCACUUUUAUAUAAAAAUUUAGGACUUGCAGCCAUUGCUUCAUUAGUUGCCACAAUUUUCGUUUUGUUAGCAAAUCUUCCACUAGGCAAUAUACAAGAAAAGAUUCAAGAUGACUUGAUGAAAUCUAAAGAUAAACGGAUGAAAGCAACAUCUGAAAUCUUGAGAAACGUGAGGAUUCUUAAACUUCAAGGUUGGGAGAUGAAGUUUCUGUCAAAAAUCAUCAAACUUCGCGAUGAAGAAGAAAACGCGUUAAAGAAAUACAUGUACACUUUAUCCUUCACUUCUUUCAUAUUCUGGGGUGCUCCGAUUGUUGUAGCGGUUGUCACUUUUGCCACAUGUCUAUUUUUUGGCAUUCCACUUGAAUCAGGGAAGGUACUUUCUGCAUUAGCAACUUUUCAAAUACUUCAAGAACCUAUUUACAAUAUUCCAGACUCGAUCUCAGCGUUUUUCCAAACUAAAGUCUCACUUAACCGCAUUGCCACAUACCUGCGCCUCACAGACAUAGAUUCCAACGCGAUAGAUAAGGUGCCACCUGGCAGUUCUGACGUGGCAGUUGAGAUAAUCAAUGGAAACUUCGCAUGGGAUGCAAAUGCUUCCUCUUUUAAUCUGACACUGAAAGAUAUAAACAUUAGAGUGAAUCAUGGCAUGAGAGUUGCUGUUUGUGGAACUGUUGGCUCAGGGAAAUCAAGCUUACUUUCUUGUAUUUUGGGAGAGGUGUCGAAGAUAUCAGGAAGUGUGAAAGUUGAAGGGACAAAGGCGUAUGUGGCUCAAUCACCAUGGAUACAGAGUGGAAAGAUUGAAGAUAAUAUUUUGUUUGGUAGGGAGAUGGAUAGAGUGAGGUAUGAUAAGGUUCUUGAAGCGUGUUCUUUGAAGAAAGAUCUUGAAAUCUUGUCUUUUGGUGAUCAAACGGUUAUUGGUGAGAGAGGGAUUAAUUUGAGCGGGGGUCAGAAGCAGAGGACACAGAUUGCACGGGCUCUUUAUCAAGAUGCGGAUAUAUAUCUUUUUGAUGACCCGUUCAGCGCGGUUGAUGCUCAUACCGGCAGUCAUCUUUUCAAGUUAAUAGGAUUAAUGGAUUAAGUAGAUAGUUUGGACAACCUUUGUUUAGAAAGGCAGCGUUUAGCAGUGCCUAGAGCGCUAAGGCCGGAGGGUGUACCACAGGGAAGGUGUGCGGGAACUCCUCACUGCACUCUCUUUCCUCUCUUGAUUGGCUGGAGCCAUUUAAAUUGAAAGGAGAGUGACGGGAAAGAUGACGUGACACAAAAAAAGUGAGAGGUGAAACCGUGAAAGGUGAGUGCACCUUGUGUGGUCUUAGAGGUUCGAAGGACGAAGAGUUGGUAUGUCACUUCUUGUGUGGUCUUGAGCCUUUGAAGCAUAAUCAUCAAUUAUCGGAGACAUCAAAGUAAGGAAUGCAUGUUGCAAUUUCUAGACUCGAAGACAGUGAUUUACAUUACACAUCAAGUCGAGUUCUUACCAGCUGCAGAUCUCAUCUUUGUUUUGAAAGAUGGAAGAAUUACACAAGCCGGAAAGUACAAUGACAUUCUCAAUUCAGGAAGCGACUUUAUGGACCUUGUAGGUGCACACAAAGAAGCAUUAUCAGCAAUCGAUUCCAUGGAGACAAAUGAUCAAGAAGGAACCACGAGUUCCAAGAAAAACACAAACGAUACUCAAAAUGGUAAAACAGAUGAUAUUUCAGGUUCAAAAGCGCAGCUUGUUCAAGAAGAAGAACGAGAAAAAGGGAAAGUAGGUUUUUCAGUCUACUGGAAAUACAUAAACACGGCUUAUGGAGGGACACUUGCACCAUUUAUAGUAUUGGCAGAAAUUUUGUUCCAGAUACUACAAAUUGGAAGCAGUUACUGGAUGACUUGGGGAUCUCCGGUUUCCGAAAGUGAUCCAGCCCCUGUUACUGGAUCAACCCUAAUCAUGGUUUAUGUAGUUUUAUCAGUUGGAUGCGCUUUGUGCAUACUUGCAAGAGGCUUGCUUCUUGCAACUUUUGCGUAUAAAGCAGCCACUCUUGUCUUCCACAAAAUGCACUUGUCCAUAUUCCGUUCACCCAUGUCGUUCUUUGACUCUACUCCAAGUGGACGAAUACUAAAUAGAGCAUCUACAGACCAAAGUGCGGUGGACAUGGACAUCCCUAACCAACUUGGAAUCUUUGUAUUCACAAUCAUUCAACUUCUUGGCAUCAUUGCGGUAAUGUCACAGGCUGCUUGGCAGGUGAUCUUUAUAUUUGUGCCUGUGGGCAUAAUGUGCAUCUGGUUAAAGCAAUAUUACUUGCCUUCAGCAAGAGAAAUGUCACGGCUAUUUGGAGUUUGUAAAGGCCCCUUGAUACAAAACUUUGCUGAAACAAUAUCAGGAUCAACUACAAUCAGAAGCUUUGAUCAACAAGGAAGAUUUCAAGACACGAAUCUGAAACUGAAUGAUGAUUUUGCAAGGCCAAAGUUUCAUGCUAUUGCUGCCAGGGAAUGGUUAGGCAUACGUUUGGACAUGCUGUCUUCUUUCACGUUUGCUGUGUUUUUAAUUUUCUUGAUUUCUAUCCCGGAAGGAACUAUUGAUCCAAGUAUUGCGGGAUUGGCUGCUAUUUAUGGUCUUACAUUGAACACAUUGCAAGGAUUGGUUUUAUGGACUCUUACCAACCUUGAAAACAAAAUUAUUUCAGUUGAAAGAAUAUUUCAGUAUUCUUCUAUACCUAGUGAACCUCCUCUUGUUAUAGAAUCAAAUAGGCCUGAUGAUCAGUGGCCUUCACAGGGAGAAGUUGAUAUCCGUCAUCUGCAGGUUCGAUAUGCACCACAUAUGCCACUUGUGUUGCGAGGUCUUACGUGCACUUUCAAGGGAGAAAUGAAGACUGGGAUUGUAGGAAGAACAGGUAGUGGGAAGUCAACUCUGAUACAAACACUCUUCCGCCUCGUGGACCCCGCAGCUGGAGAGAUUCUCAUAGAUGGAAUUAACAUAUCAACAAUCGGACUUCAUGAUCUUCGUUCAAGAUUGAGCAUAAUUCCUCAAGAUCCUACCAUGUUUGAAGGAACUAUUCGAAGCAACCUGGAUCCCCUUGAAGAGUAUACAGAUGAUAAGAUUUGGGAGGCUCUCGAUAAGUGUCAGCUUGGAGAUGAAGUGAGGAGCAAGAUAGGGAAGCUUGGCUCACCAGUUACUGAGAAUGGAGAGAACUGGAGUGUGGGUCAAAGGCAGCUGGUGUGUCUAGGGCGUGUGCUACUCAAGAAAACAAAAGUCUUGGUUCUUGAUGAGGCUACUGCUUCAGUUGACACAGCAACUGAUGGAAUGAUUCAGCAAACACUUGCACAACACUUUACAGACUCCACAGUGAUAAUGAUUGCUCAUCGUAUCACCUCUGUGCUCAAUAGCGACAUGGUUUUGGUUCUAGAACAAGGUCUGAUUGAUGAAUAUGAUUCUCCAACAAAGCUGUUGGAAGAUGAAUCAUCUUCAUUUGCAAAGCUCGUUGCUGAGUAUAGUAUGAGAUCGAAUUCAAGUUUUGGAAACUUAGCAGCAAGAUAAUCUGUUGGUAUCAAGAGUGGUGCUUGAUGAUUUCAUGAUUUGCUUAAAUGACCAUGGGGACAUAGAAAGCUAAGUGAUUUUGGUGCACCAGGGUCCCCCUUAUGGAUGAUAUUGUAACCUGAAAGUAUUGCAACUGUUUAUCUACAUUUCUGAUGUGUGUAAACGUAACUACUUUCUGCUUGUAAGCUGUUAAGAUUGUGUAAGAGCACACUUAAAAUCGAAGAUUAUUGUUAAAUCAAGUCUUGAGCUGCUGAGCUGAUAAUUAAAGGCCUUCUCUUUGAGUAUCAUAUAUAUCAUGC